AUGUAUUUAGCAACGACUAGUAGACCUGACAUCAGUUAUGCUGUGUCAUACUUGAGCAGAUUUUUGGAUCGUGUAACUGAAGAGACCUGGACUGCAGGAAAACGAGUUUUGAGGUAUCUACAGGGAACUAAAACUCUAGGAUUGACUUAUACUAAGCAUACAAAUGGUGACGUAAUACUUGAAGGAUAUUCAGAUGCUGAUUGGGCAACGGACAAGGAAAGUAGAAAAAGCGUUAGUGGAUCUAUAAUUUUAUAUGGUAAUAACCCAAUAUCAUGGUCAUCCAAGAAACAAACUUGCGUGGCUUUAUUAACAGCGAAAGCUGAAUAUGUGGCAGCAGCACAAACAGCUCAAGAUCUAAUCAACGUAAAGGGUCUAGUGAUAAAUUUAACAACGGAAAUACUAUUAGCAGAAGAGCAAUCACAAAGUGAAUGUAGAGGAAAAGCCAGUCCUUCAUCAAGUGGAUUUGAGGAUAACUUUGCGAAUGAAGAGACGCACUACCACGUGACAUUUUUCGAUUCCGACGCAGUGAAUAGAUCUUGGGUGAAGGCCGUAAAUUUGAAACCGAUAGACGUAGCCGUUAAACAGACUAAAGAAGCCGUCGAAAUGAAGCUGCUCGACAGACUGAAAAAGUACAGCUUCAUAUAUAGAUAUGCGGAAUCUUCGAGAAAGACGAAGCGAGAUAUGCGAGUGAGAAUGGCGAAGGUGAAACAAAUAGAGAAGAAAUCGAUAUUUAGGAGAGUAGUCUGUUCUCACCUCAACAACAUUACGAGCUAG